UAAAAAGAAGUAUCGACACAAUCUACACGUUCUUCUGCUUCACUCUAACACUUGUGCCCCUUCUCUUCUUUGUCUUCUUCCCUCUUCCUCCUUCCACAAAUUCGCUUCGUUCACCUUCAGAUUCUCUUACCAGACACAAACUCAGAUUCACUCCGACAAUGGAAACAUUCCGAACAUUCCAUCUCUUCCUUUUUCUCUCUCACUUUAUCUUCUUGACGACACACACUACGCUUACGUCAGCAAACUCUCAGAUCGUUGACUGUACAAUGUGCACUUCUUGUGACAAUCCUUGUCAGCCAAAUCCCUCUCCUCCACCACCGACUCCAUCUCCUCCACGUCCAGUCACCAUCAGCGCCUGUCCUCCGCCUCCUAGCUCUGGCGGUGGUGGUGGUAGUGGUGGUCCUUACUACUACUACCCACCUCCUUCUCAGUCUGGCUCUUACGGGCCACCACCGUCUUCCUCCGGCGGCGACGGUGGCUACGUUUAUCCGCCGCCUAAAAGUGGAGGAAACUACCCUUUUACGCCGCCGCCGAACCCAAUCGUUCCUUACUUUCCGUUUUACCACUAUAACCCUCCGCCGCAAUCUGUUGUAUUGUCCGGAUCCACAAGUUUAUCUUACGGGUUUUCAUUUGUGUUAGGUUUUGCUCUUUUUCUCAGUACGUACGUUGCUUAUAAAUAAAUAAUACAGGUUAAAGAAGAUGAUAGAGGUUACUUGUAACAAAAAGAAACCCUUUACCCUUAUCUCUUUGCAGAGAAGAUGACUAUGCAUGAGAGAUCUUUACGCUACAGAUCCUUUUCA